CAAAAGCGACCAAGUGUGCACACUAACUCCGAGGAUUCAUAACAUCAACUUGUGUGUGUCUAAAAGGAAUCUCAUGUCAUGCGGCGAUAUAUGGGAAUGACGAUGGAGAGCAUGGGGGAACUCCACGAUCAAACGCUGACAGACUCUGGCGUCGGGUCCCCUGCCGGCAGUCACGACCUGAUGAGCCCAGAUCUGUCUCCUUCGAUCUCGAGGAACGGAGGACUUGCCGUCAGUGUUGCAAGCAUGAUCGACAGUCACGAAUUCAGAUCACAAAUGCCGGAAUCAGCUACUUACCAGACUCUGAACACUGUUAACGGCCGCAUGAGCCCGAAUUACAACAAUAGCUACGCCACCCUCACACCUCUACAGCCACUACCACCGAUAUCUACUGUGUCAGAUAAAUUUUCACGGGAAGCACAUACACCAAGCGUAAGUGGAAGUUUUACUCUCAUGCAGAACAAUGGUUAUGGAAUUGACAUGAACGGUUACCGUUCUGACAAACCGCUGAGCAUGUCCAGUAUGAAUAUGGGGCCAUCACUGGGAGCCUCCAGUCCCAUGUCCAUGGCCAUGAUGAACACUUCUGGAUUCCCAAAUUAUGGUAUACAAGAACCAUACCAAGCUCAGUAUGCCAAACCUGAACCACGAAUGUCAAUGUCCCCCAAUGGGUAUGACCCCUACACAGGCUUGCCUCACCAGAUAGGGAGACUGCAAUCUCCUAGCCCAAUGAUCAAUGGUCUACAUUCAACACACUCUCCCCAUGGGCUAUCUGUAAUGAAGGAACGCUCGGGUCUUGAUUCCAAAUCAUCGAAUAGUCAAGAAUUAGAAGAGAUCAACACAAAAGAGCUAGCCCAAAGAAUCAGCAGUGAAUUAAAGCGAUACAGCAUACCUCAGGCAGUGUUCGCACAGCGGGUUCUAUGUCGUAGUCAGGGGACUCUGAGUGACCUCCUUCGCAAUCCCAAGCCCUGGAGCAAGCUGAAGUCAGGGCGGGAAACCUUUCGGCGCAUGUGGAAGUGGCUUCAAGAACCCGAAUUUCAACGCAUGUCAGCACUGCGAUUGGCAGGUGGGUUGUGCCCCAUGAUUGAAAAUGAUGAUCACGACUCUGAGUCUUCAUCAAAAGACAGCAAACCCAAAAGAAGCACCGCAUGCAAGAGAAAAGAAGCAGAACAAGUGAGUCCUCCUGAGGACAGUAGAGCACCCAAGAAGCCACGUUUGGUAUUUACAGAUAUUCAACGACGCACACUGCAUGCAAUAUUCAAAGAGACUAAACGACCAUCCAAGGAGAUGCAAGCCACCAUAGCACAGCAACUGGGUUUAGAGGUCACCACAGUAGCCAAUUUCUUUAUGAACGCACGGAGGCGGUCUCUGGACAAGUGGAAAGACGAGGAAGGAAAUAGCCAACGUAGUUCAGCUGCACCUGCUGGCAGCAAGUGACUAGACGUGGACCUUGACUUUGACUAGUGAUUACGAUGUGGUCUUUAAUUAUAUUUCCAUAGAGGUAUCAUAUCUCACUGCCAAAUGCAGCAAAUGAGGCUACAUAUGUGUACUAAAGUUGGCAGAUAUGUGGUCCAUAUUUAUAUAUUUAUUUGUCACAAGAAACUUGUGAUCAGGGAUUCUUUUUGAUUAAUCCCACAAGAACCCAACUUACUUUCAUCAUUAUCUCUCUAAUUCCUUAGAUACUGAAAGCCUUUUGGCAACUUGUAUUCAUUCAUUCCAACCUGCAGCAUUUUAUCUCAAACAAUUCCAUUUAGUUUCCAAUAGAAAUAUCUCUAAAGUUAAGAACACUGGGGUCUAGUAUGUCCAUUGCACAUAGUGGUCAUUCCAGCUACUGGACAUACAGACAGUUUUGUUAGUAUUAAUGUUUAUUUUUGUUACAUUCCAUCCAUAACUUAUUUUCUAUUUUGGCAUUUUUGUCAAGCUAUAUAAGUCAAUCAGUUGAUUUUAUUUUUAUGUUCCCAGAUAUGUUUUUUAUGGACUCAAAGUCUCUUAGAUGAUUUGGUAUAAUUUAUGCAAUACUGAUAAUCAUAUUUGAAUAACUUAACUCUGAGGAACAAACUUAAAUUAUUGCCCAAUACCCUUCAGGUCUAAGACCUGCUAUUUAUUAUUACUGUUAAGAAUUAUUUUACUUUUUAUCUGCCAGCAAUGAAAGUUUGGGAUUUCUCCCAUUUCAACUCUUGUAUGAGACACAUACACACUGCUUUGAAAAAAAAAACACAUUGGUAUAGUCAGAGAGCACUUAGAUUUUUACAUUUUUAUAGCAUUUGUAUAAAUGGUUGUUCACUUUCUGUUGUGAAACUUGCAUAAUGACUACUUAACAUUUUAGCUGUAGAUAUGUAUCUGUGCUACAUUUGAAGUAGCAUAUGGUAAAUAUAGAUCACUGUAUCAAUCUUUCUGCACUGUUUGCAUAAGAAUGUCCCUCCAAUUUUAAACAGUGUAUGAAAAAAUGAAAGGGGAGAGAAGGAAAUGUGCAAUAUUAAACAAUACACAAUAGAUCAUAGUCAAUAUAGUAUGUGGUUUACAUACCCUAGAUUUCUGUACUGUGAUUGGUCAAAAUUAGUCCAUCUUCCUUCCAUACAUUGCUUGCAGUGGCAGAUUCUUGUACAAAGUGUUUGAUGGAGAACUUCCUGGCUGGAGCUAGAACCAUUGUUAUGUAUAUUAAUCAGUAUCAUUGUUGCAUUUAUAUUGUGUGUUAUAUUUGUGUCUUAUAAAGUGUGUGCUGAUGUUUCUUUUUAAAAAUGACACUGACUUGCAGCUGUUAAUCUGCCUGUAGACAACAUUUUAUAUUUAGUUUUGUUUUCCAGUUUGUAUUUAUUGUUAGAUGUGAGAACAAUCAGUUUCUUUUAUUAAAUAAGAGUAUUAAUAACUUACACCACAGGAGUGGUAGCUCCAUGAGUCACCAAAGAUUUUCCCUGAAGUAGGCAGGAGACUAUUUCAAAGUUCCACUAUAUCACGUCAACAUCUAAACACUAAUUUCUUCGAGCAAUCUAGUCAGAGAAAUAUGUGCAGGGCUGCUCAUUUAUUUAUUUUUGUCUUGCUGGAGAUUUAGGAGGCACACUUUACUUGACAAUAGCUUUUGUCACUAUGCCAUACCCUUGGGUGGUUGUGCUAGAGUCAUUAAUUGUUGGAUGAAACUCCCAAGUCAAGAGGUUCAUGAAGUACACAAGGAAUAUAUUUGGCAAUCAUGUUUUAAUUUUUCAAUUGGAACAAAGAGUAAAAAUCAAAGUAAUUCAGAAUUUAGUCACUAUAUGAUAGUCACAUUUACACAUCUUAGAAGGGAGCUAUGGCAAAAUAUACAAAUGGUAUGUGCAAGUCCAGUUUUAAUACAGGGUAUACUGUCAAAAGUGCAUUAUUUUAGUUUAUAAUUCAGCAUUAACAAGCAAGGAAUGAAAAUGCCUGCAUUUUCUUGGUUAUUUUACAAAGUGCAGUUUAUGGUUAUGGCUUUUGCCUAUUUGAGACAUUAGUAAUUUUGCAAUUUUUAAUAGAAAUGAUUUUAUUCACUUAAACCAAAGGAGAAUGGAGUUUUGAUAUUUUAUCCCAUUUUUUUCUUAUAUGUCAUGUUUUAAUGCCUCCAUUUCAGCUUAAUUGCCAUCAGUAAGGGGAAGGUAGUCUGUAACUCGGGUUCAGGUUACUAGGUUUUUGCCACAUUAUUCCAAGGGGAAACAGAGACAUGGUUAUUUUUGGCAUUCAUCUGCAACACCUAUCAUGAAUAAUUAACAAGGUCUUCAAACAAUACUGUAAUGUCUAUUCUGCCGGCACUGUACAAGUCUUGAAUUGGAGCGUGCUCUGCUACUCUGGUUUCACAAUUGUAUUGUAUUGUAUUUAUUUAGGAGAACAAAACAAAUGGGGCCCAACUGAGACUACAAGUUUGUUGUACAGUAUGUGUUGUGAAUCAAAACUGUCAUCGAUGAAACUUUUUGUCUAGUUUUUCUGUAUCACUGUAUUAUGAUGACUGGUCUAAGUAAAGUCACAGCAAAGUGAAGGUUCUGAUUUGCUUUCACUCUAGAGUGCUGCACGGUUGAAAGCUGGCACUUGUGCAGCAGUUGAAGUUGGCAGCCCAUUUGUCAGCGCCAGAUCAGAGCGUACCAGCACAUCAAUUAUGAAUGUUUUCUGUCCUGUUCAUGAAGCCGGUUACUGUGGCAACUGCUGAAAUGAGCACCUUGCUGGUGAAAUGGCACUGUUACCGGGAGCGCUCUGUCCUGGCAAUCUGCUCAGGUGGUACACAAAAGAUAAGUGUAAUCAAGCAGUAGCAAGGUGUUUGUGAAAUAUAUAUUAGGUUUAUCUGAAAUACAGCUGAUCACCAAGUAAGGCUUUAUCAGGAGACACUCCUACCUUUUUUUGUAGACAAUGUCACCAAAGUUUUUCACUGGACUCGUCACAAAAGUAGUUGUAAUAUGAUACCAGAAAGCAUUGUUCACAUGUGUCAUCUCUUCCUAUACAGAAGUUGUCCAUGUUACAGUAUUUGCCUACAUACCAGUUUCCAUAUGAAAAAUAUUACAGGGUCAUAUAAAUUGAUAUUCUUUUGAUCUUGCACUGCAUCUUACUGGCAAAUCUAAAUAGGAUGUUUAAUGGUGUUCUCUACAUGCUAGUGGCCAGCUUAAAAGGAUCAAGCAAAAUCUCAGCAGUGUUUUUUAGUCAUUUGAUCAAAUUGAAAAAGGCAGCGUGCAGUCAAGGGCUAAUAGGCUGAAUAUGUAAUUAUCUAUAGACUUCAUUCUGAUCUCAAAUUCCUGUGUGAAAUUACAAGAUCUGAGUCCAUGCAGGCUGGUCACUAAAUCACUUGAGGUCUCUUACUGUUUAUGCGUAUAUACAUGCAUGUAUGUAUAUAUGUAUGUACUUAUUAGUUUAGAGCAGUGUAAUUUAAACGUGGGUGUGUUGCCCAGAAAAAAAUUGUAAAGAAUGACAAUAUAUUGCUAUGUGGUGUUCAUGUUUUAUAAUCAGUUUAAUUAAUUUAUUGUGCAAUAUUUAAUUUAUUGAAAUUCGAGUCAGAAGAUAAAAAGUCAAAUCAGGUUAAAAUCUGACGUGCAAUUUUUGUGUCAUAAUAUUAUUGACAAUGUAGCAAACAUCAGUGUGUUAUUAUGUUGACGUAGAGCUGUUAUUUUUUAGAAGUUUUUGCUGCAUAUAAGAGCUUUGGCUGUUGGUAUAGAAUGGACAAAUUAUAAUAAAAAUGUGUUUCACACUCCCAGAAAUAGAGUAGACUUACAGUACAUUUGCCCUGUGCAAUCAUGGAUGUUAAAUUUCAGAGUCAUAUUAUGCAAAUACUAGAAUGAUAUGUAUUAUAUUGUGAAUUAAAAAGAGCAAUGA